ACAAAAUGAAUCAGUCUAGAGUUGGGCACGCGCAGGAGAACCCAGACAGCCAAAACCGAAGUAAAACCGGCUGCCUCAAAGAUUAAGAUGAGCCCCCCUCAAAAAUUGCGUUGAAUGUGCCGAUGCUUCGCAUAUGCGCUUUGGCAAUAUAUGUAAUAACAACAAAAGCAACAACAGAAAACAUAUUUUCACAUUCGGGUGCGAAACGCAGCACAUUUUCGUAUAUAAGGGGAGAAUUCUUUGGAGUUGAGCACAGAGAACGAAACCAACCAUCGUCUCAAGCACACAUACAGCGUAUAAAAACAUUCUAAGACGGAGUAUUUAAAUCAGCAGCAAUGGAACUCAAGCAAUUGUACACCUGGAUGAGCCUGCUACUCGGCAUUGUCAUCUGCAAGUUAUCAGAAUGCAGCGCCAAGGCCACUUACUAUGAUCUGGAUAGCUAUGAGAACAGCUACGAGCGCAGCUACGAUCACAAAAAAUACGAUAGCCACAAUUCCUAUGCUCUAACAUAUGGCAAGCCCCUCUCAGCCGAGUAUUUGGAUAAGCUUAACACGGGCUACUACUAUGUGGAUAAUGGCUAUAUUGCUCCCGUGCCGAGCUCAAAUGCCGGCGCCAGUCAGCGUAGUUAUGGUUCCUACUUCAACGAUGAUCUCUCAGAUAGUUAUAGAUUCUCGCCCAUUGUGCGCUACGGAAGGACUCGCGCCAAGCGCAAGAAGCUCUUUGUGCCCAACUUCUUUGGCUAGAGUGCUAAAUUCUUUCACUGGCAACGUGAGAGUACAGACUGAUGAUGGUGUACCUUAUUGUAGAAUACAUAGAUAUUAAUAUUAGCCAACAAGUACCAUAUCUUAGAUUAUACCUUCCUAUACCUAGCUACAUAUGUAUAUGCAUAAA